AUGUUAUCAAGACGCAUAUUUCGAGGUCGGAAUCUUGGCUUACAAUUUCGUCAACUGCGACGCCUCGCAACUGCAGCCGAUCCUCUGGUAGGUGAAACGAAUGGAAAUAAACAACAUGUAGACAAUCGAGUCAAAAUAGUGGAAGUAGGACCUCGAGAUGGAUUGCAGAAUGAGAAGACGAUAAUACCUUUAGCGACGAAGGUCAAUUUGAUUGAAAGGCUUGCAAAGACGGGCUUGCAAGAUAUUGAAGCUGGUUCUUUCGUUGCACCGAAAUGGGUGCCGCAGAUGGCAGAUGCGAGUGAAAUUCUUGAACAUGUCCUCCGAAAUCAAAGCCAUUCACCGGGUCCAAUACGAUACUCUUUUCUGGCGCCCAAUAAGAAAGGUCUCGAUACGGCAUUGGAUAUUUUGUCCCAGAAUCGAAAUGCCUACAAUACUGCCGACGUUCCUGCUGAUAUUUCCCCCAAAAAUGUUGAAUUAUCUCCCAACAAACCGUAUAUUGAGAUGGCGGUGUUCGCAGCCGCAACCGAGUCAUUUUCACAAAAGAAUCUCAAUUGUGAUAUCGCAACAUCAUUAAAACGUUUUGAAGAAGUCAUACAAGGCGCGAAGGCGGCCGGAAUGCGAGUUCGCGCAUACAUAUCCGUUGUAUUGGGUUGUCCAUUUGAAGGUGACAAAGUAGAUCCUCAUCGAGUGGCAGAAAUAGCAACAGAGUUAUUGGAAAUGGGAGCAGAUGAGAUUGAUCUCGGCGAUACAACAGGAAUGGGUACUGGACUUAAAACUUCCAAGCUUUUGCGUACAAUGCAAUCUGCUGGUAUUCUUAGUGAAGAUAUAGCCAUGCAUUUCCAUGAUACGUAUGGACAAGCAUUGAUCAACACUGUUGUGAGCUUGGAGCAUGGGAUUAGGACUUUUGAUAGCAGUGUUGGUGGAUUGGGUGGAUGUCCAUAUAGUCCUGGAGCUACGGGGAAUAUCGCCACAGAAGAUAUGGUGUAUUUGCUUGAGAGCAUGGGAAUGCAGACAGGCGUUGAUUUAGAUGCUCUCGCUGAUGUUGGACAGUGGAUCACUGGGGAAAUUGGGAAGCCAAAUGCAAGUAGUGUUGGGAGAGCGAUCAUUGGGGCAAGAAGUCGGAAAUGA